AUGGAUCCACAGAGCAAACAAAACCUCACAGAAGGAAAUCGCAACAUGAAAGAGUUGUUGGGAGGAAAGGGAGCUGGUUUGGCAGAGAUGGUCAAUUUGGGAGUUCCUGUACCACCAGGAUUUACCAUUUGCACUGAAGCCAACGUAUUGUUUAACAAACACAAUAAUUAUGCUUCGAAUAUUGAUUUGGAUGAUGAAGAGGAGAUGGCUCAAAGAAACGUCUCUUCCAAAAACCAAUUACCGGAACAAAUUGUUUCCGAAGUGAAUGAAUAUUUGGCUCGAUUGGAGAAGGUGACCAAUAAGAAGUUUGGAUCCUUGCAAAAUGAGAAUGAGAAGGUCUUGUUGGUCUCUGUUCGAAGUGGUGCUGCUGUAUCCAUGCCAGGUAUGAUGGACACAAUUUUGAACUUGGGUCUCUGUGAUGACAAUUUGCCAAUCAUGAUUAAGAAUUUUGGUGGCAAUGAGAGAUUUGUUUGGGACUCGUAUCGUAACUUGAUUCAAAUCUAUGGUGAUGUGGUCAUGGGAGUCAAGUACGAGCAUUUCGAAGAAAAUGUGAAGAAACAAAAACAACAGAGAGGUAUCUCACUCGACAUUGAUUUGACCUUGGAAGAGAUUAAGGAGAUUGUUGAGGAUCAUAAAAAGACCAUUCUCGAAAAGACUGGAGAACCCUUCCCUCAAGAUACCAAACAACAAUUAUUCAAGGCCAUUAUUGCAGUCUUCAAGUCAUGGACCAAUGCCAGAGCGAUUCACUAUCGAAGAAUUCACAAUAUUAGAAAUUUGAAAGGAACUGCAGUCAAUAUUCAAUCGAUGAAACCCAGCGACGGCGAGAACAAAUUCUAUGGAGAAUAUUUGAGACAAGCACAAGGUGAAGACGUUGUGAGUGGUGUUCGAACUCCCGAGAGAAUUGAAGAGUUGGGAAAUUCUUUCCCCGAAUGUUACAAACAACUCUUAGACAUCAGUAACAAAUUGGAGAGACAUUUUAAGGACAUUCAAGAUAUGGAAUUUACCAUUGAGGAAGGUGUCUUGUACAUGCUUCAAUGCCGAAACGGAAAGAAAGCUGUAAAAGCUGCUCUCAAAAUUUAUUGUGACAUGCUCGAUGAAGGUCUCAUCACUGAGAAGGAAGUCAUUCUCAAGUUGGAUGCGUCCCAAUUGGAUCAACUUCUUCAUCGUUAUCUCUCUGAGAAGGAAAUUUCCAAACAUGAACCAUUGGCCUGUGGUUUGGCAGCUUCUCCAGGUUGUGCUGUCGGUCGUAUUGCCUUCUCAUCAGAAUCUGCCAUUGAGAUGGCCAAAGAAAGAAAAACAAAGGGACCUGUCGUUCUCGUUCGUACCGAUACCAGUCCCGAGGAUUUGGCAGGUAUGCAAAUUUCACAAGGAUUUUUCACAACCAAUGGAGGAAUUACCAGUCAUGCAGCUGUUGUUGCUCGUCAAAAUGGUAAAUGUUGUGUGAGCGGUUGUUCGGCACUGAUUGUCAAUGAGCACGAAAAGACAUGUACUAUUAAUGGUGUUGAAUUCAAGGAAGGUGAUAUUAUUACCAUUGAUGGUUCUACUGGAUUGAUCUUUGCAGGUGCUUUGGAAACCUCAGAACCUUCUUUGAGUGGAGAUUUUGCUCGAGUCAUGGAAAUUGAAAAGCGCUAUCGUACCAUGGGAGUUUAUGCCAACGCAGAUACUGUCACAGAUGCAACAAAAGCCAUUGAAUUUGGAGCAGAAGGUAUUGGACUUUGCAGAACAGAACACAUGUUCUUUGAAAAGACUCGAAUUCUCGAUAUGAGAAGAAUGAUUGUUGCCACCAAUGAAAAGCAACGUACAGAAGCCCUUCAAAAACUCAAAGAAUAUCAACGUAAUGAUUUCAAGGGACUCUUUGAUGUGAUGGGAGAUCGCAAAGUGACCAUUCGUCUCUUAGAUCCACCUCUCCAUGAAUUCUUACCUCAUGAAGAUCAUGAAGUUGAAGAGCUUGCCAAGAGAGUGGGUGAAGACAAGAGUGUCGUGUUGAGAAAGAUUGAAGAACUCUCUGAAAAGAAUCCCAUGCUCGGUCAUCGUGGUUGUCGUCUCGGCAUUACACUCCCCAAAAUUACACAAAUGCAAGCAGAGGCCAUUUUCGAAGCUGCUCUCGCCUCUCAAUCACCCUGUGUUCAUGUGGAGAUUAUGGUUCCACUCAUCUCUUCCAUUCAAGAAUUGAAACAUCAAAAAGAAAUUAUUGAAAAAGUAGCAUUGAAAAUAUUGUCACACUCCACAUCACAUGAUAAGGUGAAAUUUAGAGUGGGAUGCAUGAUUGAAACACCUCGAGCUGCUUUACUUGCAGAUGAAAUUGCGACUGUUUCUGAUUUUUUCAGUGUGGGAUCCAAUGAUUUAACACAAAUGACUUUUGGAUUCAGUCGAGACGAUGCCGAGAAAUUCCUCAAAGAUUACAUUGACAUGGAAUUGUCACAAAAUGAUCCUUUCCAAAUUCUUGAUCAAGAUGGAGUUGGAAAGUUGAUAAAGAUGGCAGUCGAGAAGGGACGAAGUGUGAAACCAAAUUUGAAUGUGGGCUUGUGUGGAGAACAUGGAGGCGAGACACAAUCGGUUCAAUUUUUACACACAUGUGGAUUGACGUAUGUGAGUUGUUCACCCUAUCGAAUUCCAAUUGCAAGAAUUGCAGCUGCACAACAAUCCAUUCUUUCGAAAAAGUAG